GAUCGGCAAGCGCAAAUUCUAGCUCUUCGUCAGCAGAGACACGCUCGGGGGUCCGCAACGAAUUCGAUAUGCGACGCUAGUCCUGCAGUCACACGAUAGAUCGCCCCAGAUUACUUGCAGCACGACUGUAGUAGUUGACGUGAACUCUCCAGAAGACUCCGAUCUCGAGAACGAUGAGCCAACCAGCAGCUGCGCCGGCCAAACCGCCUGCACGGGCGGCUGAACGCGCGUACGAAGGCACACCUGUCACAUCUCCACGAUCGUUACGCCAACUUUCGAUAUACUUCCUUGGGAGCGCCUGCCUACUGGCAUCAACUGCAAUAACGCGGAAGGCUGUAUGGAGACGGCAGCUUCGUGUUAUGCCAAAGUUUUAUGAAGCGAACACGAACCCGCACGAAUACUUUAGUCCCUUCUCAGAUGCCUGUCAGGCUCUGAACCUGGCAACGAUGAACUGUGCCAGCGUCGGAAUUAUGGCACUAGGUGGUGCAAUGUGGACCUUUGAUAUUGCCAACCUGAGAGAAGCUCGGGCAGUUCUACGGAGCCGCUUGAAUUACGACCGAAUCUACGAAUCUGAAGAUGAUGUACCAAAUAGCAUCAGUGAGAUGAUAAUAGCCUCCGGUCAGAUGCGAAUAAUAGAGGAGGACGAGAAGGAUGAUUCUAAGAAGAACCAAUAACGACUGUAGACGUGUACGAGUACGAUUGUAAGAAUAGUGUAUGCAAUGAAAAGGCUGAGGGCACUACCAGCCGCGCAUGGUAACACAGCUGCGGUAAUCUCUCAACGCCUCAUCGGAUGAGCAUUCGCACCCAAGGCACAGCAUCCCAAGCCUAAUGAACUACUCCGCCUCAUGCCAAGUCGAGAUUUUUCUGUAAUAUCAACGUGUCGUAGAUCAUAUAGGCUGUUGGUGUUAAUGCGUCACAUGCAGACUGCCGCGCUGGAAUGUGGAGGAUGAACGCGCCAUCCUUCGAUCCAGCUAUAUGAAAGAUACCCGGUUAAUCGCUUGGGAGAUGGGCGUUCAA